AAAAAUGCGAUCUCGGGCUGCAGGUUUUCAAAAACAAAUUCCAACCAAUCGUACGGAGUGCGUUCCCGGAUUUGGGGAGUAGCCGACAACGCUGUCUUCACUUCCCGUGCUGCAAUCGCUCGACUUUUCGCUCACCUCGCAUUAGGGUUUUCCGUUGGAAUGGCUCAUUUCCACCUCAUCCUGUGUCUCCUCGCUGCUCUAAUCCUGCCCUCUUAUUCCCAGAAAAUCCUCCGUAUCCUUCCAGGCGAUGCUGCGAUCUCAAACGGUAACGCGGCAGCGAACAACAAUGGCCUCUUCUGUGACAGCUGGAGACUCUCCGUGGAGACCAACAAUGCUGGCUAUUGGGCGACGAUUCCGGCUCGAUGUCUCAGAUACGUGGAAGCCUACAUGAACGGCCACCGCUACGUUUCCGAUUCUGCCGUGGUUGCCGCCGACGCAAGUUAUUUUGCAAGGGAUAUCAAUAUCGCCGGAGACGGGAAGGAUGCGUGGAUCUUUGAUAUCGACGAGACUCUUCUUUCUAAUCUGCCUUACUAUAGAGACGUCGGAUUUGGAUCAGAAAUUUUCAAUGAGACUUCAUUUGAUGAGUGGGUGGAUUCAGCGAAGGCGCCGUUUUUACCAGCAAGCUUGAAACUGUACAAAGAGCUCCAACGGCUUGGAUUUACUUUGGUACUACUGACGGGACGCGAUGAAGCUCAGCGGAAUGCCACUGAGAAGAAUCUGUUAUUUGCUGGGUACAGAAAUUGGGAAAGGCUCAUCUUAAGGGAAGCUUCUGAUGUCGGCAAACCUGCAGUGAUAUAUAAAUCAGAGAGGAGGGCUCAAUUGAAAGCUGAAGGCUUCCGGAUUCAUGGCAGCUCUGGUGACCAAUGGAGCGACUUGUUUGGACCACCAAUGGCCAGUAGAUCCUUCAAGCUCCCAAACCCAAUGUAUUU